GGAUCUAAUAAAAAAGAUAGGUACAAUGUUCGAAGGAAUUUCAACACUGAAUGUGACAACUGGUCUUGUAUGUACAAUGGUUUGUCUAUUUUUCUGGACGUGUACGCGCAGACCCAGAGGUAUCCCCCCAGGUCCUCUCUUCACCCUACCUAUCCUCGGAAACCUCCUGCAGGUUGGAAGAAACCCAAUUACGUCAUUCCAAAAAAUGAGGAAACAAUAUGGCGAUGUGUUCAGCGUUUACUUCGGGAACCGUUUGGUCGUAGUCAUCAACGGAUUUGAAAACCUGAAAGAAGCGUUUGUUAUCAAAGGGGACGUCUUCACAACACGUCCUAAAACGUAUGUUCAAGAAAUUGUUGCCGGAAAUAAGGGGGUAUUCUUCUCCAAUGGAGCCGUAUGGAAAGAACAACGGAAAUUUGCCGUAGCAACGCUGAGGCACUUGGGUAUGGGGCGAAAUAUUCUGGAGGCAAACAUUCAAGAAGAGGCAACUGUAUUCCUCGAAGAAUUAGCCACAACAAGAGGACAAGUUACAGACAUCACUCACCUUGUUCACAAUGCCGUUUCAAACAUAAUCUGCACUUUAGUGUUUGGUAAAAGGUUCCAAUAUAAUGAUCCGAAAUUUGAAAAACUUUUGAAGGUAAUGGCAGAGGAUGUGUCUGUUUCCCCAUUGGCGGACUGUAUGCCACUACUGCGUUUUGUACCCGGAGACUUGCUAAAGAUCAAUCGUACAAUUAAAAAUGCAAAGAUGGUCGAAGGCGAAUUUAUGAAUCCUGCUAUAGACGAACAUUUGGAACACUAUGAUGAAGACAACAUAUAUGACUUUAUCAGUGCGUAUAUCAAAGAAAUGAAACUCAAGGAAUCACUAGGGGAAACGAACACUAGCAUGGAUAGAGAGAAUCUUCGUAUAACUAUUACAGACCUUUUUCUCGCUGGAUCUGAGUCAACUGGAAAUGCAAUCCGAUGGUUUUUGUUGUGCCUUCUGCAUUUUCCAGAAAUUCAGGAAAAAUGUUUUGCAGAUAUAAACAGAAUAGUGGGAAGAAGUCGACUCGUCGGCUUAAAAGACAAAGUAAACCUUCCCUUCGUCGAGGCAACUAUUAUGGAAACAUUGCGGUUCGGUGAUAUUACACCUAUGGGAGGGCCUCAUGGUGUGUUGGAGGAUACGACCUUAAAAGGUUAUAGAAUCCCCAAUGGUUCUAUCAUAGUGGCUAAUAUUGAUUCGGUUCUUUCAGAUCCUAAUAUUUGGGGUGAUCCGGAGAUGUUUAGACCAGACCGGUUUCUCGAUCAGUAUGGAAAAGUCACAAAACCAGAAGAGUUUAUUCCUUUCUUCAUUGGACGCAGAAAUUGCUUGGGAGAAGCCUUGACAAGAAUGGAGCUGUUUCUGUUCAUUUCAAACAUGAUUCAGAAGUUUCUGUUUGUAAAAGCUGAUGACGAACCGCUGCCAUCGUUGGAAGGAGAGUUUGGACUCGACCACUCUCCUAAACCUUUCAAAAUUCGAGCUAUUCUGAGAGACUAGUCACCCAGAACAAAAUGGUUGGAAAUAUAUUUGCACUUAACAAUAAAUCAUUUGAUUAUUUUUUCGAUAGAUUUGCCAUGUGUGUUA